AGGUCAUAGGCCGCUUUGAGUCAGUCACGUUAUUUAUGUUCCGAUAGUAAGUAGUGAGUGUGAUCUGCAGACGUCGUUCUUGUGGUCAUCGGGUAAACAUCGAUCCAGGUAUCAGCAUGCCAAGUUCAGACAGUAAAGAUGUCGUUGGGUGGCCUGAUGAUGUCGGUAUAAUCGCAGUGGAAGCAUACUUUCCCUCUCAGUAUGUCGACCAAUCAGAGCUGGAGAUAUUUGAUGGUGUUUCUACGGGAAAGUAUACCAUCGGUUUGGGUCAAGAUAAAAUGGGGUUCUGCUCAGAUAGAGAGGAUAUCAACUCACUGUGUCUGACGGUGGUUCAAAAGCUGAUGCAAAAUUACGAUAUAUCGUACGAGUCGAUUGGACGACUUGAAGUCGGUACUGAAACUAUUAUUGAUAAAUCCAAAAGUACAAAAACUGUAUUGAUGCAGCUAUUUGAAGAGUGCGGUAAUACAAAUAUUGAAGGAAUCGAUACAACCAACGCAUGUUAUGGCGGGACAGCAGCGUUGUUCAAUGCACUUGCCUGGGUUGAAUCCAGUGCAUGGGAUGGUCGAUAUGCAUUAGUUGUAGCAGGUGAUAUAGCUGUGUAUGCCACUGGUAAUGCUAGGCCUACUGGUGGUGCUGGAUCAGUAGCAAUGCUUAUAGGACCUAAUGCACCAUUAGUCAUAGAAAGAGGUUUGAGAGGAACACAUAUGCAGCAUGUUUAUGACUUUUUCAAACCGGAUUUAUCAUCUGAAUUUCCUGUUGUCGAUGGUAAACUCUCUAUACAAUGUUAUCUAAGUGCGUUAGAUAAAUGUUAUCAACGAUACGCUACAAAGGCGGAAACACAAAUGGUAAAAGAUAAGGAGACUGGUCCCUUUUCGCUUGGUCACUUUGAUGCUAUGUUUUUUCAUUCACCGUAUUGUAAAUUGGUACAAAAAUCGUUUGCAAGACUUAUGUUAAAUGACUUUCUUAGAGACUCAAAUGCGGAUACAACUGAGAAUGGAAUAUUUUCCGGUCUUGAAGCAUAUAGGGAUUUAAAACUUGAAGAUACAUAUUUUGACAGAACUGUUGAGAAAACUUUCAUGGCAUGCAGUAAAGCAACUUUUGAGAAAAAAGUGAAGCCAUCGUUGCUACUUGCCAACCAGAUUGGUAAUAUGUAUACGCCGUCUGUGUACGGUGGGCUGGUGUCUUACAUAGCACAAAAUUCAGUGGCUGACAUCGCCGGCAAAAGAGUUGGGUUGUUUUCUUACGGUUCAGGAUUAGCAUCUUCCUUGUAUUCUAUAAAGUUUUCAGAAGACACUGCACCAGGUUCCAAAUUGUCCAAAUUAUCUGAGGUCUUAUCAGAUGUGACUGUUAGGUUAGAUUCACGAAAGAAAAUUGCACCAAAAAUAUUUGCAGAUACUAUGAAGCUGAGACAGGAUACUCAUCAUCUUGCUAACUACACACCAGUUGGUUGUAUUGAUGAUCUGUUUCCUGGUACGUGGUAUUUAACGCAUGUAGAUGAGAUGCACCGUAGACAGUAUCUCUGUACACCAUUGAAUGUGAUCCCAGAGUCAUUGCAAUCUUCUGUCAUUCCUGUGGAGACUGUGUCUAGCAAGAGACCUUCUUCAAUACCAUCACCAGAAGCAGUCCCUUCAAAUACGGCAUCGUAAAGUAUAAAGAUUAAAUUGACACAAAAUAUGAAGGAAUGUCUCCAACUUUUUUUAUGAAGAAUAAUUAUUUAAACUUUUGAAACUGCACUCUAGGAUGUUGCUUAAUUCUUUAUUGCUCAAACCAUCAAACGGAAUGGAAACCAAGACUUUCUGCUUUGACCCUCAC